AUGGUACCGAACCACAAUAAUCCGAAUCGCACGCCGGCUAAUUCUCCUUCGAAGAGCCGCUCCUUCUCGGAAUCUCUCCCUCAGCUAUCACCAUCUCCAAAGUUUCGCGAGCCGAAGAAAGAGUCAAAAGAUGACCAUACAAUUAUAUCAGGCCCGAAGACCCCAAGAAGGCCAGAACUCCUCUCGCGUGGCUUGUCACUUCAGAUGCCACCUCGGGAUUCUAGCAUGCCAACGUCAGUCUUAAAUACCCAAACACGGGCACCUCUAUCGCCUCAGUUGGACCGUACCCUUACAUACGCCUCACCUCUGCACCUUCUCCCACGCCGUUCCCGAGGUGCAGAGUUCUCACGAGCGUGCACGAAUCUUCAUCACUCUACCCUUGCGGAGCAGUCCUCGCCUGAUUCGUCCCCUACGAUAACACAGAAAGGACUCGUGAUACCCCGUAAAUCUCGGACAAGCUCCUUUAUAACAAUGGACUCACCAAGUGGAGGGGCGAAUGCUGCGUGGAAUAACGUGGGUCUGGAGAAAACUAUGACCUCAAGCUCUGUUGGUAGUGUCAAUAUGCUGGGAAUUGACGAUUCCUCGAGCAGCGAAUCUGAGAUGGAAGAUGCCAUGUUAUACACAGACGACGUCGAUGACCCAGUACUCAUGACGCCGCAAGUAGUCAAGUCGAACCACAACAUACCUUCACCCUUUGGAUCUACAGCGACGUCGGGCCACAGUCCUGGAGGCUGGGCGAAUCCUUUUGUACCAUCUGGCCCACCAAACUUCAUGAGCAUACACAGAGCGAGGCUCAGGAAAGCUAAGAGCAGAAAAGGAUCUAGUAGUGCUAAUGGAAGGACUUCGCUCGCUAGCCCGGGCCCAGCAUCGCCACCACAGGGCCGGAAUACAGAAGGUGGCGGAGGUUACUUUGUUCGAGAGGCCGUCAUGCGGAAGUCGAACUCGAGACGUGAGAGUCUAUCUUUACACACAAAUGAUUUACACAUCUCGUCGGGAAACGACAGUGGGGAUGAGACUGGCCCGCCUGUGCCAACUACCCCGGGAGUUGUUCGACGGGUAGUCUCCAGACGGGCGAAUUUACUCCCAAAGUCCAGACAAUUCGGACGGAUCAAGAAUGAACUGUUCGAAGAAUAUGCCCCAAUAGAUAGCGAAGCCCGCAGAGAAGCGGAGAUCAUAAGACAAGUCCGCGAAAGCGAUGCAGACUAUGACUUACAGCCGAGUACAGCCCACUCGUCGCCAUCGCUGAUUCCAGCCUCGGGAGUUGCAGAGUCGCUCGAAGACAUACCUGAGGAUGCUGGUAUGGGGCUAGAAAGCGCCUCUGCACCCAGCAAUAAGGGCUUAUUUGGAGCUUUCGGGGCUACAAAUUCAAGUUUCCCAGGCUCGCGAACCUCAUGGAGCAACGAGAUACAUUCAUAUACCCCACCGCCUGCCUACCUCCCACGCGGCAGUUCGUCCGCACUCAGUGACGAUGUUAGUAUGGACUCUCCCGCGGCGUCGUCGGCCUCAGCACGAGGGUACGAGAAUGGCACUCAUAGCUCUGCCUCUCGUAGCGGAACACCGCAGGCAUAUCCGCCAACGGCGGCAGAAGGACUGAAGAAGUCUAACAAAAGGCGAAGAGACGACGACCUAGACAUCAACUCAAUAAAACGACGCGCUGUAUCCCCUGGUGUGAGUGUACAGAAUAGCCCAAUCCUAUCACAAUCCCCAAGCCAGCGCGAAGGCACCUGGAAUAAUCCCAGACUGAGCCGAGAGGGUUCGGUGUGCGGUCAUGCGAACGGAGAGCGUUCAGGGAGCGGGGGAAGUCUGGCGAGUAUGACUCCUGUUGUAGGCCCGAAGAGAAUUGGACUUCAAGGGAUGACUGAUACCAAUGAUGGUCUCAUGAAGAUGAGCAUUGAAUGA